UGUCAUUUAUUUAUCUGGGACAAAUCAAUAACUGAUCAAUUAAUUCAUCCGAUUAAUAGAUUCAUCUGGUGCACAGACCUGUACCAGAACCUGGACCUGCUCCAGUUCACCUCCACUCAUUUGGUUCUGAAGUUCCUGAGUUUCUAUCGAACCAGAACCAGAACCCAGAUUAAACCCGACUCGGUUAACUCUGUGAUUUCAGCCUCUGCAGCUCAUCUUCUCCGUCUCCAUCAGCGGUUCCAGUUCCUGGACAAAGACAGCAGAGGAAGCCUGAGGUCCGAGGACUUGGAGGCGGCGCUGUCUGAGAAUCCCAUCGGAGUCCGAAUCGUCGGAGCUUUUUUCCAGCUGGGACAGGAAACGGUGGACUUUCCCUCGUUUGUCCGGAUUCUGGCUCACUUCCGUCCCACGGAGAAAAACCGGACCCGAGACGGCGUGCAGCCGGAUCCGGCUGUUGGCCGGAAAUGUCCCUCCUCAGUUGCCUUCCAGCUGUAUGACCAGGACCGAGACGGGAAGAUCUCCAGAACCGAGCUGCUGCAGGUGCUGAGGGAGAUGCUGGGGCUGCAGGUGACGGAGGAGCAGCUGCAGAGCAUCGCGGAGCGCGCCAUCCAGGAGGCUGACCUGGACCGGGACGACGCCAUCUGCUUCGACGAGUUCAGGAAGUCGCUGGAGAAAGUGAACAUCGAUCACAAGCUGAGCGUUCGCUUCCUGGAGUAAAGACUCUAAGAAGAAAGAUUUCAUUCACCUGGGACCUGGUGGAGCAACUCGUUCCUAACGAGUCACACCUGCUGCUGUUCCAGGAUGAAGACUCGCUCGUCCUGGAACCGUUUCCUCCAGAUUAACCCAACAUGGCUUCAGGAGAGAAUCCAGAGCGAAAUAUGUCAAACCUUUAUUUCUUAAUGUUAAUGAUUGUGGCUGACAGGAUGAAAGUCUGACCUGUGAAAUCUCACAGGUUGUGAAAUCAACCUGUAAAUUCUAUCUGCCAUUAUUUAUCUAUAAUCCGUUCCCUAACAUUCUUGUAUAUUCUGUAUAAUCUGUGCAUAUAGCUCC